AAUGACAAAUGAAGGUAUUUGCAAUAAUUUGUGACAACUGUUAGGUUAAAUUUAACUUUUUUGCUGAAAUAUAAGGGAGUUUUCCUAAAUUUUAUGAUUCUAAUUGUUAUUUAAUGUAAGUUAAAGUUCUUGUUUAUGUGUUCAGUAUUAGUGUUUUCUUUGCAACAUGUUUUGUAAAUGGAGAUAGCCUUUAAGAAGUAUGGAGUCGACUACAGAUGAAAAGGAUAGUGACGCAAUUCAACAGCUUCAAGCUGAUAGUAAAAAGCUGCGUGAUGAAUUUGAUAGUCAGAGAGCAAAAUUUAAAGAACUAUUUCUUCAAAAGGAAGAUGAACUUAUAAGAAAAAAUAAAGAAAACGAAGAUCUUCAAGAUAAACUAGCAAAACUUCAAAGGGAGUUGGAUGAUGCUAAGAGUCAGCUUGUUGUUACUAACAUUACCCUUGAAUCUAGUUUAGAGGCUGAGAAAAGAAAGGCAGAAAGUGAAAUUGCAUCGUUGCAGCGAUUAAUUCAUGAGACUGUUGAAGAGUCAAGCUCAUCAAAAACAGUUUACGACACUGAAAUAAGAAAGUUACAGAAAACCAUUCAAGUACUUGAAAAUGAGAUGGGAGCGCUUAAAUCAGAGAGACAUUCAGUACAGGAGCAAAGCUCUGGCUUAGUGCCAAGUGUUAUGUUGAGUGCAGUAACUAAAACUUUGGCUAGGAAACUUGGCGCUGACGUGUUUUCCUCUCAAGAUGGAGAAAGCUACCAGAAAAUAGAAAAUGACGACGAUCACACCAAAGAAGAUGCAGAAGUCUUGCGCUCUCUUGUUGUCCCACUUGAAGAAGAAAUAAAAGCUUUAAAAGACAAACUUAGGGCUACUGAUAGACAGCUACAAAAAUGCAAGCAGUGCAGACACAUUCCCGAACAAGAGGUUCCCAGGGCACCAUCCAACCAGUCGUUAGCUAGUGUUGGAGAGGGUCAACUUGGAGUCUCAGUCGUCGACGAAAAUAAAAAAACCGUCCCGGAACAGUCCCAAAUUUCAUCCCAAUGCGAUAUGUGUCGAAAUUAUGAAGCUCAGUUAGUCAAAGAGCAACAAAAGGUCAGCGAACUUCAGUCAAAGGUCUCUGCGUGUGAAAAAGCCGCUGAGAAACACAGAGAGGAACUUCUCAAAGAAAUUGGCUUCAGAAAGGACAUGGAAGAAAAAUGGAACGAAAAGAAGGAAGAACACAAACAGCAGGUUGCAGAGUUAUCGCGAAGAACAGAAUGUGCAGAACAAGAUCUCAAAGAAGCCCAACUGCUUUUUAAGCAAACAUGCAAUGAAGUAGAGCAAAGGCUUAAAGAUUUGAUAGAGGAUAGGGAAAAUGUAGCUAAAGAAUUAACAAGAUUACAAAAAGAGAACGAAAGUCUGGCUGGAAAAUACACCGCUCAUUCUCAGGAGCUGCAGAGUGAAAUAAUCAACCUUCCCAACACAGUAGAGGAGUUGCAAGAAGUCGUGCUGAAAACAAUUCAAGACUUAAUAAUUGCGAAAGUAGGUAAAGAAGCAACUGAAGAACAAAUGAAUAGUUUAAGGUCAGACAUUAUGCUCCUGAAGGAUCAAAUAACGAAUGACCAACAAGAAAAAGAAAGUCUGGAAAACAGUUUGGCCACAGAAAUAAACACAUUAAAAAAACAGUUACACGUUUAUGAAAAGGAGAAAAGACAUUUUCUUUUGAUGGAAAAUAAACUGACAGACCUUCAGGAAGCUCACCAGAAAGUUUUAAAUCAAUUGGAAGAAACGAACAGAGCAAAAAAAUUAGUUGAAGACUAUAGUAGUGAACUGAAGUCUCGAAUCAGUUCUCUUCAGCAAGAACUGGACAAUAGCGAGGCCGUUCAAAAGGAUUUUGUGCGACUGUCUCAAAGUUUGCAGGUUCAAUUAGAAAAAAUCAGAGACUCUGAUAACCAAGUGAGAUGGCAAUACGAAGAGGAUGUUGAAGAAUGUCCAGGGUGUCGGACUGCAUUUGGAACGACUACAAAAAAGAAAAAGCAAAACUGUAAACACUGUGGACAAGUGUAUUGCACUCAGUGUUUGUCUCAUGUAGUCUACAGCGGCCCUAAUCAAAGGGCUUCUCACGUUUGUGACGUCUGUCAUACACUUCUAGUUAAGUCUUCAGCUCCGUAUUUUAGCACAGAGGUACCACAUUCACCAGGUUGAUUAUUUUAUUAUUAUAAUUAUCUAAAUCAGUUUAAAACUUAGUUUAAAAAGAAAUAAGCUUAUUUAAAUUCAAUUUACGUUUUCAAGAAUGUGUUCACAAAUGAACAAUUGUGGGGUCUUUUGAGGUACAUCACAAACGUUUUCUCAAAAAAUUGUUCUCAUAUAAAUAAUGAUUAUUACUUAACAACUAAAAAAAAGCAAACUGAGUCAAAAUCCUAGUCUUUGAGAGAUAUUACUUUUAUUAUAAAUCAGACUUAAUGGCUGUAUCUGAAACAUUUCGGACUAAAGUUGCAAAGUUAGUACGCUUUAGAAUAAUACAUUAGGUCUGUUAAAUAAAUAACUAUUUUACUUUUGCUUCUUUGACUGUCAAUAUAGAUAUAUUUUUUUUAUUCCAUUAUUAAUGUUGUACAUAAAGUUAAUUAAAAAUUUGAAUAAUGAUAAAUUACUUAGCUUCAUUCGUUAUCUAAAGACCAUUUUUCAUUUCAAUUUGAAACAUAUUCUAUAAAGGGUUCGCACCCAAAAUAUAAUUGUAAUAACGGUCAAAUUUUUUGGGUUAAAUUUCAUAAACGAAUAUCAAAUCUCUGGAUUUGAUUUUUAUAAAAAAAGGAUUGUAAACGGCAGUAUUUGAUAUUCUUUUGAAAAUUCUAGCUUAACAAGGAGUGGUGUAAGGGGCGGGGGUGUGAAGAAAACAUCAAAAAUCAAAAUUAUUUCUUUAUUUUUCAGAUACACAAGAAAAAUAAAAAUUAAAUCUUAAAAG